AAUUUAUUUUUUUUAAGUUGAAAAUUUCUUAAAUUCUAAUUAUUUUGAGAAUGCCAGUCUCUGUUGCGCAAAUUUCUAAGUCAGAUGCUAUUACAUUGAAGGGAUCUGCAGAGAUGAUUGGCGAUUUUUUGAAUUACAGUGUGAAUAGUAUUCUAUAUCAACGUCUUAUUUAUCCGAGUGACAAUUUCUCAAGACAGCCAGCCUACGGUGUUCCAGUGUUUAUGAUUGGUUUGGAGAAGGUUAAAGAUUACAUAGAUCAAUUUGUGUCUCAGCUCAAAGUCUGGUUGCUUAAAAAAACAAUACAGAAGGUAGUCCUCAUAAUUACAUCACUGGAAACAAAUGAAGAUAUAGAAAAAUGGCAGUUUAAAAUUGAGUGUAAUCAAACAGCAGAUGAAUCAACCUCGCAGAUAUCUAAACCAUUAAAAGAUAUUCAAAAAGAAAUGAGAGAUGUUCUUCGACAAAUUGUUUCCUCUGUUACAUUUUUACCGAAUCUCCAUGAAAAAUGCAUGUUCAACAUUCUCGCUUACACAGAUUUAGAUUGUACUGUACCUGCUGCCUGGGAAGACGGAUGCGAGCAUGUUAUCGAAGGUGCUCAACAAGUAAAACUCAAGACAGUAAACACAUUGUUACACAAAGUUGACUUAGAAGUCUGUUACAAAACGACUUGAAUAAUUUUAAACAAACGUUGGGGUAAUUUUGAAUCAAGUUAUACUUUUAGUUGACAAAAAAGAAAAUAAUAACCGUUGAUUUGUGAAAAAAAAAAGAUUACUGUUCAACCAAUAAUCAUUAUCAUGUUCAUAUUGGAAAAAUUAAAAUAAUUCAAAUAUGCUUAAGGCUGAAAAGAACUUUUAGAUCUUUGAUUAACUUAUUUGAAAAGAAUAAGUUACUUUUUGUUAUCAUUUUUAUUUUAUAAAAGACUCAAAUAAAAAUU